AUGCCCCCUCCUUUCGCCGUUGAAAACUGGAAAGCAGAGGCAGCCAAAGCGCGCAUGAAGGUCGAGCAGUCGAUCCCUUCGGCAUGGCGUCUCCCCGCGAGCCUAGCUGCGCUCGCUGUACGAGGUACUCUGAAGCCUGAGGACCCUCGUGUCAUCAGCUGUGGCAUCCUCGAACCCAGAGACAUUGAAUUAACAUCCAUCUCCGACGUGUCCAUUCUCUUGCAGGCCUUGAGUAACAGGAGAUGCACAGCCGUCGAGGUUGCGACAGCCUUUUGCAAACGAGCUGCCAUUGCCCAUCAAUGCACCUCCUGUUUGACGUGCUUCUUUCCAGAAGAAGCGUUGAAGCGUGCAGGCGAGCUAGACGACUAUCUCGCCACAGAGGGAAAAGUGGUGGGUGCUUUGCACGGCUUGCCGGUGUCCUUGAAGGAUAGUUUCAACAUGGCCGGCAAAGUCUCGUCCAUUGGCUUGGUUUCCUGGUUACCAAAUAUUGCGUCUGAGAACUCGGAGUGUUCCGAUGCCAUACUCGCUGCGGGGGGUGUACUGUUUGUCAAAACAGGCACUUCUCAGGCGUGCCUCAUGGUGGAGAGCAUCAACAAUAUCUUCGGCUCUAUACGCAACCCGUACAAUCCCGACUUGAGCGUUGGUGGUUCAUCUGGAGGCGAAGGAGCCCUAUUGGCAUCCAAGGGUAGCAUACUGGGGUUGGGUACUGACGGUGGCGGGAGUCUGCGCUUUCCAGCAAUGUUUUGUGGGCUUUGGGCGUUGAAGUGCUCGAAAGGGAGAGUGCCAGCCAAGGGACUUGCGAGUACAUACGACGGCAACGAGUCUACAAACGCCGGUCUUGGGCCAUUAAGCCGGUCUGUAUCGGGACUAGAGGUUGGCAUUCGAGCUCUGCUUGCUACCAGGCCAUGGGAGCGGGAUCCUGGCUGCAUUCCCAUGGCUUGGAAGUCCCAAGAAGCGAUCCGAGCGACCGGAAAGCUCCGAAUAGCAGUGCUCCGCGAUGAUGGGGUUGUUGAGCCAGUAGCAUCUGUGGUGAGAGCUAUACAAAUGGUGAUCAAAGCCCUGGAGAGGGUAGGCCACGAGGUGGUAGAUUUACCCGCCGAAAGGAUGAAAACGCUUCAUCGACGUGGUACCUCAUGUGUCAUGAAAUCCAACGUGCAGAAUGGUGGACGAUCAAUCACGAAACACAUUCAAGCAUCUGGAGAGCCGGUCGUGCCAAGAACAGCAGUAGGAUCAAAGGAUUCGUUGCUUACUUCGGAAGAGAUAUUUGCCAACCAUGUUGAGAGGAGCAAGAUAAGCCGAGAGUACUCUGAUGUGUGGCUGUCAUACAGGAUGGACGCCAUAUUGAGCCCAGCAGUAGCUCAUCCGGCCUGUCCACAUGGCGAGUACAUCAGCAACGCUUAUGCCGGCAUAUAUAACAUGCUGGACUAUGUCACAGGAAGCAUACCAGUGACGACAGUCCGAGACGACGAUGCGCCGAAUCAGGCUUGGCUAGAGCGGGAUCCAUACCCACAGAUCGAAGCUGUACGAUUCCCUUAUGACAAAGGAGAUAAGGAGAUGAAAGACCUGUAUACGUCGCCGGCAGUGUUUCGAGACGCGCCCGUUGGGGUACAGAUUGUAUGCCAGCGACUCCGCGAAGAGAAGUGUGUCGGAAUCAUGAAGGAGAUAGAAGUUCUACUGGCCGAGCCAUCCAUAGCGCAUGACAAUGAGCACUUGUAG